AUGGCUGAAGCCCCUUGCCCCGCUCAGACCAUGCAGGUGACGUUCAUUCAGAAGAGGUUGCUCUUACAGAAGCGACGGAGAUCCCGAGCUGAACGACAGGUUCGAGUGAUGCCGGUCAUCCUCUCCAGUGGGCAUGGUGGCCAGUCUGAAGAGGAGGACAUAACAGGCCCCACCAUGAGUGCGGUCAUCUCCGGCGAACCUCUUCACCCGGCGCUUUCGCAAUCCGAGGAAGCUGCGGAGGAGAACGUGCGGCCUCUCACACAGGCCAUUCUGAACAGUGUGCUAGUGCGCAGCGUCGAAGAGGUCGAAGCCGUCGAGGACAAACAGGCGGAAGAGUCCUUCAUGGGACCCAGCGACAGCCUGGUGGACUUGGUGGAUUCGAACCUCACCGAUUCCAUCAACCCGGAAGGUGUGGAACAAAUGAGCUCGUUCCCUGCAGAGAUGUCGAUCGGCUCCUUUGAAGGCUCAGUGGAUGUGGACAUGCUUGCAUCAGUGGGUGCCCCGCGCGAGGAGACUCCCAGAUUUCCAAAGGAACCGGAGGAGCCACCCGAGGCCUUAGAGUCUGAGUUGCGUUCCGGGCCCCUGCGACGCAGCACCUCUGCUGCGCCAGCCUUGGGCUUGAAAAGGGAUGCGAAUGAUGGGGAGCCACAAGAGCAGCCCAGCAAGCCGCAAAAGAAGAAAGCUGGAACGAUGCAUGGCUGGUUCAGCAGCCUUUGGAGAUCCACCAAGGUCCAGGAUGCUCCUGCUUCAUCCCAGUCACUGAAAGGUACCGAGAGCUCAGUCGUGCCAAGCAAAUAG